UCCCUUCCCUCUGGUAUCCCGCCACUUAACAAUACAGAAGAGAAAGCUGAAGGAGAAUGGGAACAAGGUGUGGACACAGGAGGUCUACCUGACAGUGGAAGCAGCACCAGAUCUUGGGUGGCCCCCUGAGGUUUCUGAGGGCCACUGCGAUGGAUGAGCAGGUGAACCCGCUGGAGAGAGACCACUCGCUGUGUGUGGUUCUACCAGGAGGGCUGGAGAAGAAGGCCACGGUGCACGGAAGUAAACCAGUGAUGGACCUGCUGGUGACUCUGUGUGCCAGUCACCACCUGAAUCCUUCUGACUACACCGUGGAAGUUCUCUCGCCCAAUAAGAACAACAUCAACUUCAAACCGAACUCUCCUAUUGGCUUGCUGGAAGCCGAGAAGCUUGUGCUGAAGCCCAGAGGGGUGGAGGAGAAGAUCAGGAGGCCGUACAUGCCCGAGGCAACAGUGCGUCUGUUGAUCAACUACAAUAAGUCCCACAAGACGGUGGUGCGGGUGAAUCCCAGACUGCCGCUUGAGGCGCUGCUGCCGACAGUGUGCGACAAGUGUGAGCUCCAAGCAGCGACAACCGUCCUCCUGAGAGACUCUGACUCCGAGGAGCCGCUGGACCUGACCAAGACCUUAAACGACCACGGGCUGAGGGAGGUUUUUGCCAAAGACACGGCGGCUCAAGACCCCACUGACCCACCCAAGACACCUGAAGCAGCAGCUGUCACAGCAGCAGAGGUCAUUCCACCACCUCCGCUACGAGAGCUGCUGAAGAAGGAGAAGCAGCGGAAGGAGAACACAGGGUUCUUCAGCUUAUUCAGAAGGAGGAAGAAGAAGCCAGAAAAGAGCGUGGCAGGUGGUGCUCCGGCUUCUCCUGGUUACAGCACACUAGCAGGAGAAGAUAUGAAUCCAGAGGGUGUCUCGUCUUCUAACACCCUUCCUGCAGACAUGCCAAAGAAGAGGCGAGCCCCUCAGCCACCCAUGGGCGCCUCACAGAGCGUCCCCAACAACCUCAACACCUGCCAUUUCAGAGGAGCACAGAGGUCUGGAGAGUCUACUUUAAGGAGCACCAAGAGGAGGGCUCCACCUCCUCCAUGUGCAGACACACUGCAGGAGCUGCAGGCAGACGUCACAGGGCCUGUAGACUCUUUGAACACUCUGGAGGAGCAGAGCGAUGAGUCAGACUCUGUAAACCUGUCGCUGUCUUCAUCACCUCACACGUCACAGCCACAGUCGUCCUCGUCCUCCUCACGCCCGUCGCUGGCUCAUCUCCACGAAGCCACCGAUCCCUAUCUGUUGACUUUGUUUCGAGGGAAGGACCUCUCCGACGCCCGCAGCGCGCUCGCUAAAGUCCUCACGUCUUCUGUUUCCAAAGGAACUCUGGUCAAACGUUUAAAAAACUCCGCCAGCUUUGCAAAAUUUCACAACGGCUCCUCCUUCAUGUCCACGACACCAAAGUGUUCGGACAACGGGACUCUCUGCACCGAGCUGGAAUCAGUCCUCAGGUCGAAGCUCCCGACUGAGAGCGAAUGGGAGGAUCCAGCCCAGAGGACGGGCCUGACCACCUUCAAAGUGGUUCCCUCGAAGAAACCGGAUUUGAGUGAUUCAGAAGUGACGGCGGAUGUUCCAGAGCAGUCCCAGACAUCAGCAGACAGCCGUCCAGACAGCGAGGGAUCUCCUGAGGUUGAGAAAAGCCAAACGGACACCGAGGAGGACCCUCUUUCUCCUGACACGUCAGAGAGUGAAGCACCUUUGGCCAGUCCACAACUUUGUUUCCAGGAGCCUGAUCUGACCAGACAGGACAGUCCACAUCUGUACGAGGAGGGCGACGCUACUGGACAGCAGGAGGAAGAGGAGGAGAAGCCUGAGGUGACAUCUGAGGUGACACCAGACUGCAGUGAUGGAGACUUCAGCAGUGAGGCUCACAUCAACUCAGAAGACCAGAAGGAGUUCAUCCAGAACCCUGAUGUGGACCAGUGCAGCUCAUGUGGUGAUGAGAAGAAGCUCGAGGAACAAGUGCUGCAAGAAACAGAAGAGGACGAGGUCGCCUUCCCUCCUCCUCCUCCUCCCGUCUUUUUUAGUGAAGACUCAGAAGUCAUGGAGGAGGAGAAAGAAGACGCUACAAGUCCUACCUCAAACGGUCAAACUGCUGCAGUCAGCGAGGCCGAUCAACACGAGUCUACCUCAGCCGGGCCUCAGCAGCCUCCAGCCCCGUCCAGAUUCGCUCAGGCCGUGGCGAUGGCCGUGCAGAGAGCUCGUCUCCAGAGCCGCGGCAAAAGUUUAGGCCCUCAGGUCUCCAGUGGUCCACACGGCUCGCUUCCAUCACCGCCCAGGUCCACGUAUCAGUACGGUGCCUGACCUGCUCCCUCACACGUCUCUGGAUGGAAGUCCUCGUUUAGGGUGAAGAUCCGACUGCAGGCGCCGCACGUGACCUCUAGAUAAGUUAAACAGAAGGUCAGCCCGUUCAUUUCUAAGAACUGCAUCAGUUUCAUGAAGCUUUUUAUUUUUGGUUUCAUGCGAGACGCCUCGUCGUGUCAGUUUAUGUUCACGAGUUAAACAGUUUGUGUUGUGGAGAUGCCAAACGCACAGGACACGAGUUGUUGAAGCAACCGCGUCCUGUUUUUUCUUUACUUCCUUUUACAUUUUCAUUCAACGUGUGCCAAGACGGACGUGAUGCUGACGUGGGAGCUUGUUUGUGUGUCAAACAAAAGGAAUGAUGUAAUUACAGGCUCGUUGUACUUUCUCCUCCAGGAUGUACAGUUUUUAUGCUUUCAGACGUUAACGACACAGUGAAACUCCUCCGCUGUGGUUUGGUUUUCAGCCAGCAGGUGGCAGAAGAGCGUUGUUUCUAAAAUGAACAUCUAGUUGUGAAGGAACCAGCUCUGAUGGGUGGAUCACAAGUGGCUCAUUUUGUAUGUUUGUUCAAGUAAUAACAGUAAAUAAGGUUUUCUAUUUUCUCAACAGCCGCAAAUGAAGUUCAAUGAAGCGUUUUUCUAAUAUGAAAUUAUCUCUGAGUGUCCAUGAAUCCAUGUUCUGUCAGCGACAUUCCCAGAAUAAAAACAGUACGUCUGGUUUUUAAUGGGAACAUGAGAAUUUCCUGCUUUUCCAGCAACAAAAUGAAAAAAAAAA